AUGUUCGCCUCUCUCUCGCGCGCCCAGUUCGAGGCAGCUUGCAAGGCCUACAUUGCCGCGCAUUCUACACAGUCUGUUGACGCCGUAUGCACCUUUGCUAUACACCCAUCUGGAUGGACAUGGAAUGAACACCAAUAUGUCCCCGGACUAGGCUAUAUGUCUCGCUUUGUGCCGUUGUCUCUCAAUGCUUCAGAGGCGUCGUCCGACAAGCAUGAAGAUUAUGGGUUGAUCCCAGACGACAGUGAGGAUGAGGCAGCAGUGUCGGAGUCCAGAGAAGCCUUAACAUGCACGCAAUCCGUUGUCUUCUCUCCAACAUUCCAAGUGCCUGCAUUCUAUUUCACCAUUCACCGCAGCAACGGCGCACCUCUGAGUCUGAAGGAGAUCAUAGCCUCACCCUUGUUGCGGCCGCACACCAUUCCUGGAUCUGAAGCAACAACCUUUGCGCUUUCUGAACAAGCUGCUUCCUUCCCACUUCUCUCCCAAGGCGAUCAUCCGGCCCACGGAACACCCGCCUGGUAUUUCCAUCCAUGUCACACCCAGGAGGCAGUGGGGGAGAUCAUGACUGAAGUACCGUUGGAAGGAUGGGCGGAGGACCGAGUACUUUGUCGCUGGUUGGAGGCAUGGUUCAUGGUUGUCGGUCAAAUCGCCGACCUUCAAUGUGGACAUGCCUGA